GAGGACCACAAAAAUAUGCCAUGGUGUCAUCCAAGAUUUGCGCCGAUAGUCUACAUACUCUUCUUCUACGCGUUGUACAUGCUUCUUGUAUUGCCAAUCACAGAACUGUUGGAAUUUGUUCUCAGAGCAUUUUUGGGCAUUGAAUCUAGAAGUCACUCUCAAUGGUCACGUUGGAUUUACGGAUUUUGUUUGUUGACAUUUCUUCCAUGCUAUGCAACAGUGUUCUUUAUUAGUUGGAGAAAACAUCGAGCGAAACCCUUGUUCACACCAAAAUGGAAAAACAGUAAUGAUUUGGACGAAGACGAUGUUUUGUGCACGAUAUGCUAUGACAUAAUUGUUGAACCCCACACACUUCGUUGUCAACACUCUUUUUGCAAAAAAUGCAUCGAUCAAUGCCUUCCUCUCACACGAAAAUGCCCUUCCUGUCAGCAAUGGGUUUAUUGGAGCAGAAAAAAUAAAAUAUUCAAGGAGAAAGUAUUGCGAUGGGUCAAAGAAAAACAAAGGGAAGAUGAGUAUGAAGAAGUGAUGCAGUUGAAAAAGGAGAUGAAGCCUGUGAAAGUUGGUUGUAUGGCAAGAUUCUGGCCAUUCAUUAUUCCAUUUUUUGAGGUUCCUGAGCGAGAACAUCACCGUAAUCGUCAAAUUCGUCUCCGCCCAAUCAGAAGAGCUGCCAUCCAACCAGCUCCAAUUCACCUAAACGAAUCUCUUGUUGUCGAAGUUAUUGAUGAAAUUGAAAAUGUGCCGGUAAAUACUCAAAUAUCCCCUGUAAUGCCCCCUGACGAAGAGUCCAAUCCCGUUGAAAUAAUUACUUGUGAUCAAAACCAACAACCUGUAGAUGUUGUCUAAUGUACUUGUAUUUCUCAUAUCUUGUAUGUAUUAUUUUUAUCUUCAUGAAACAUGUUCAUGCAUAUUGGUAACCCUACGAUUUCAUAACAGUUCUGCUUUCUCUCAGCUUUAAAACUUGUUCCGUAUUCGGUGUCUUGUGGUAAAAAAACCAUGAAUUUAUAAUUUCCAUUGUAUGUGAACCAGGAUGUCUUUUUUACAGAAAAUUCGUUCAAAAACCUUUGUAGUUUCCCAUCAUAAUAUGCUUAUUGUUUUUUAUUAAUAAAAAUUUAAACCAAU